AAGAGAAGAGAAGAAAAAGUUGGACAAAUAUUAAAAAAAAAAAAAAAGGUACUGAAAAUUUAUUAAAAAAGAUUCCGGUUGUGAUUGUUUUUAAGCGAUAAAAAUUAGAGACAGUCGCUGAAGGUUUUGUUUUCUCGGGUGUUGUUCACCUUGAUUAACUUUCGCUUAAAACACACCACACAUAUACAAAUGGCUGUGCCCUUUUAUUUGCCGGAGGGUGGUGCUGACGAUACAGUCGCGUCUGCUGCAGGCUUAGCAUCCGAUGGCACUGGCAGUACCUCCUCAUCUUCGCAGUCAUCACCCAAUACCACUUCAUCAGCUACUCAGACACCAAUCCAAAGUCCCCUGGUGCCCGGUGAUUUGGUAAUGGCAUUUUGUGAGGCUUUUUAUCGUUACUCUAUCAAUAGUGGAGCUCCAGUUUUUCAAUAUCCCACACCGCAAAGUCCUUCCUGUUCGGUACACAGUCCCUCGUACGUAGGAGGAGAUGUAUUUUUUCCACGCAGCCGCAGCACACCGCGCACACCCCGUACUAGCGUUAGCUUUGCUGCCGGCGAUGAAGUUAAUUUUUUCCAUCAGUCAUCACCGGCUGCCAGCAGUUCAAAUCUUCAACCAGAACCAAAUAAUAGCAACUCUAGCAAUCAACCACCACAAUCUGCUCCACCCACCGUAAAUAAUUCAAGUCAUCAGCAUCAUUAUCAUUCGCCUUUUCCCCUUCAUCCACGUGUUGCCGCUUACCAUCAUCCAAAUACUGCCAGCGGUUAUUGCCAAUAUACACCACCGCCGACGCCUACCACUGCCACCACAUCAACGGGUACAUCGACUGGUGCUGUGCACCGACAUUUACAUCGCAGUCUAUCGGAUACGGCGAGAAGAUCUCGUUUGACUUCGACAGGCGAAGAUGAGCGUGAAUAUCAGAGUGAACAUGAGACCAGUUGGGAUGAAUACGAUGACCGUUACGAUAAUUUUACAGCGGGCCGUGAACGUUUGCAAGAGUUUAAUGGUCGCAUCCCACCACGCAAAAAGAAAAAGGACUUACCGAAACCAAAAUCAGAAAAGAAGGAACAAAGUUUCACUUGGCCUGCGGUGGUUACAGUCUUCGUAGUUGCCAUGGGCUGUGGUUUUCUAGUAGCGCGAUGAGUGCGAGUGCCAAACCUCUAAGGAGCAUAGUUUUUUAAACGAGAAAAGCGAAUUUAUUAAUUUCCAUGAAACUAGUUCAAUGUACAACAAGUCACAGGUAAAUAGGCUGAACAGCGACCGGCCGCAAAAAAAUGUUAGAAUGAUGAAAAGAAAACGGAAAAGGGGAAACUUUAAAGUGAAGCUGCUCAGCGCAAAGAAAAAGCGAUGUAAUAUAAAAAAGGAAAAGGAAUUCUACAUUAAUUCCGUAAAAA